AUGUCGAUGCAAGCGGACAGCUCGCAGCAGCCCGCCGUGGUCGUGGUGACGCGUGAGAACGAGCCGGGCCAGGGCGGCGUGUGGAACACGCAGCGCAUGCUCCUCGGAUACGUGUCGCCAUUCAUGCUCGCCCCGCUACUUGUACUCAGGACGGAGAUUUCCAAGUGCCUAUACAUGGUGCUGCUCAUGUCUAUGAUGUGGCUCUCCAUGGUUCUACCUCAAGCGGCCACGGCCUUACUGCCACUGCUAGUGAUUCCUGUGAUGGGAAUAGCACGAUCAAAGGACGUCGCCGCCCUGUACUACAACGACGCCGUGCUGUCCCUGAUCUGCAGCUCGGCGAUCGCCGUCACCCUGGACCGGAGCCGCCUGCUCCGGCGGGUGGCUCUCAUCCUCCUGGCGAGUGCGGGCCUCGUGUACCGGCCCACCACCUCUGGCUGCACUGGUGUGCUCCUCGAGCGUGGUGCUGGCCGCCCUGGCGAGACCCACGCUUGCCGUCACCGUCAUGUCGGCCGCUGCGCGCGCGCUCGUGCUCGAGCUCCAGAGGUCAUCGGUGCUCAAGUACUCCAGGCCCUUGGUAUCGGCCAUGCCUGA